AUCUGAAAAUAAUGCCAUGAUAAUCAAUUUAUUUUUCAGAAGGAAAAGACGACAAUAUGAUGAUAGUAAAUUGUAGCUUGAUUUUACUGAUGGCAGUUCUGAUACAAGGACAGUUCCAGUCCUCCAUUCGACCUCGGCAGUGCGAUGGGGUCGUCUACAUGAAGAUGACCCCUCACCAGAGGAUGUACGUACAGUACGAACAGUUCGCAACGAAUGUUUCCCAGCUGGACGAGAUCUCAACUUGCUUCUGGAUGAUGGUUGACAAUCCUCUUAGGCCAGCUACCAUGCUCAACUAUGCCUUGGACGAAGAGGUCAACACCGACAACAUUACGUUGCAGUAUCGCGGCUCAGAGUCGCUUUGGACCCUGGACAUUAACGGUCAAAAUGUGUACAGAAGUAAAGCCCGUCGUCUCCAGGCUCGUAUGUGGUCACAUUUCUGCCACUCCUGGAGUGGAGAAACGGGCGAGUGGUCGGUAUGGCAGAGUGGUCAGCUCGUCGAGUCUGGAAUCAACAAGGCAAGCCGCGGUUGGAAGAUACCUGCAGGCGGCGUGCUGGUAACAGGCCAGCACCAAAAUACCAUCGUGAACAACAGGGGCAUGGACAACGGCGAAGGCUUGGAGGGCAGUCUUACUCUCAUGAGCGUCUCAGACGAACAUCUCUCCACUGACCCCAAAUCAAGACGGUACGUGGAUCAAGUUUCAAAAGAUUGCUCGCCGCGCGCUCGUGGAGAGAUCGCCGACUGGCUGAACACUCCCAGGCUGGGGUACGGCGGAGUGAGGUCCUCUCGCGCACAGCCAGUCUGUGGCAACUUCUGAGUCGCUUAUGACGCAUAUACCUUGCCGUGACGCUUUUAAAUCAAUAACGGAAACUUUUGAGCUCAUAAUGAAAAGCGUCUUGAAAUUUUCAUUGAAUUUCUGAGAAUAUGUACUCCACAGUAGUAAAACAAGCGUACGUCAGAUAGGAAGUUUGGUAAGUCAAUUCCAUUAAUGGUCGUGAGAUGUUCUCAAAAAGAGAAAUGAAUUACAACUACAUUGCAUUUUGUCCUUACCAAAUUGUGUUCGGACCGGUGUUGCUGAACUGAUAAUCAAGAUGGUCUCAAAAAACGUUAAAAUUAAAUUGUAUUUACAUUUUAUUUGCUACUGAAUUCUGUAAUAGUUUUAAUUAGUGCGAAGUUUACACAUUAAGACGCAUGUGCUAAGCUAAGAUUGAGUUUUUCACUCAGAUUCAUUUUGUUUUGCAGUGCAAUUUUAGCGUCUCAAUUUAGGAUUUAGCCAAAUACAAUUUUUCGUCAUACCAUAAAACUUUUCAACAGCAUUUUUGAAGCAUGGAGUGCACUUUUAAAGCGCCUGUAUGAUCGUGUUAUUUUGGGUAUGGAGUAAAUACCAUCCUUUUUCAAAUCACCGAGCACAAAAUUUGCACACAGGACGAAACAGUAAAAAAAACUUUCAAUACAAAAACAAAUUGAAGACAAAUAAAAAGUCGAGUUAUAGGCAAUAGCUCGCAAUUUAAAAGAAUCCAUACUCAAAAAAGUAUUAAAAAAAUGAAAUUUUGGAGAAACUUGAAGAAAGUAAACACAAAAUCUGAAAUACCAUCUCUGAAUCCAACAGGACUCAAGUUAUAAUAGGAAAACUAUAGCAAAACGAUUGUUGAAUCUUCAGAAACUGGGGCCUCUGACCUAUUUGUAAUGCUAAUUUACGAUAGGAAAUGAAAACUCAACAGCCAACAAUAUUAUUGCUAAAACACAUUAAAUGCACUCCACAUGACUGGUAUGAAUAUAGAAAUAUAUCAAUAUACACACGCUAAUAAGAAACUCUAUAUGUAUCAAGAAAAGAGUUUUUUAGACUCCAAUAACAAAUACAAACACAGCUUUUUGAGUAAAUAUUCACACAUGCGAACAAUCUAAGAAUAAUAGAAUCUAGAUGGCUAAUCCUUUCCUGCUUUUGUCAAUGCCUUCAAAAUUACUUUGAUGUUAAUACAUGUUAUAUCAAAGUUAACAUAUAUCGAUCAAAGAACAAGAAUUUUGUUAAUGCCAUUAAGUGGAAUGCUAUGAAAUAAUACAUUUUUGACAUGCAAGCGUAACGACCCAAGAUUGGCACUUGAAGUGAAGCUUCCAACGUGGAGUAGAAAACGGCUUAUACAAUAUAAAAAAAUUUUAAACAAAUAAAGAAUUUACUUAACCACAAUUUUUUGGUAUACAAAUUGUACUCAAUAAAAUUACUUGCCUCA